AUGUCAUCUCCCCUCCAACUCCAACUCCAAUCCCUAUCCUCCCUCACUAUCUCCUCCUUCCUCCCACCCCUCCCCCUCGUCGGCCUCAUCACCUCCACCAGCGCACUCGCAUACGCCUACUGCGAACACAUCUUUCUCAACCCCCUCUCCGAUCCCAGCGUACCCCCCGCUACAAUUCGGCGCGUUUGGCAAAAAUGCUUUCCUCCCGGGUUCGUGUUUGUAGCCACUUCACGAAUCGGGAGUAUCGCGAGCGGUGUUGCGGGUUAUAGGGCUUCGGGCCCUGACUCUGUUGCUGGAACGUUAUAUGCGUCUGCUAUUGCCUUUACCGUUGUGCAUUUUGCCUUCUUGCCCUGGGCACAACCCCAUCUCCUCCCAAUAAUGGACAAGAAUCCUACCAAGGAAUCGGAUGAAAAAAUUCACGAAUCCAACAAAAACUUUAUCCGCCUUGAUAUCUUUCGGACUCUUGCCAGCGAGGUUCCUGCUUUCUUGUGCUUUUUGGGCGCUACUUUGGCGUACUUGAAGCUGUAG